UACUAUAAGAUCCAUGUUGAGUUCCCUAAACGAUGGAGGAAUAAGUGUAUCGGCAUAUGACACGGCAUGGGUUGCUCUAAUUGAAGAUAUUGAAGGCAGUGGUGCUUCUCAAUUCCCAUCUGCCCUUCAAUGGAUUGCCGACAAUCAGCUCCCAGAUGGUUCAUGGGGUGAAGAUAAAAUAUUUUCAGCUUAUGAUCGCUUAAUUAGCACCAUAGCUUGUGUUGUAGCACUAAAGAGAUGGAAUAUCCAUCAAGAUAGGUGUGAAAAAGGGUUGUCAUUUUUCAAAGAAAACAUAUCCAAGCUUGAAAACGAGAGUGAUGCGCACAUGCCUUGCGGCUUUGAAAUUAUCUUCCCUGCACUUCUAGAUAAAGCUCGCAGUUUAGAAAUUGAAGUACCUGAUCAUUCUCCUGCCUUGCAAGAUAUAUAUGCGAAGAGAAAUUUCAAGCUCUCAAGGAUACCAAAGGACAAAUUGCACAGUGUACCGACAACAUUACUUGGUAGCUUGGAAGGAAUGCAAGACCUGAACUGGGAAAAGCUUCUAAAAUUGCAAUUCCAAGAUGGCUCAUUCUUCUCCUCCUUAUCCUCCACUGCGUAUGCCUUCAUGCAAACUAAAAAUGAAAAUUGCUUGAAAUUUUUAACAAAAGUUGUCCAAGAAUUCAAUGCCGGAGUGCCUACCUUAUACCCAGUUGACGUGUACGAACAUAUUUGGGUUGUGGAUCGCUUGCUGCGCCUCGGAAUUUCAAGAUAUUUUCAACCAGAAUUUAAAGAAUGUAUGGAUUAUGUUUACAGAUAUGUGACCGAAGAGGGUAUUCCUUUUCAAAGACAAGGCAGGAUUCCUGAUCUUGACGACACAGCCAUGGGAUUUAGACUACUCAGAUUACAUGGUUAUGAGGUUUCAGCUGAUAUUUUCCGGCAUUUUGAGGAUGGCGGUGAGUUCUUUUGCUUUCCUGGGCAAUCUACCGAGGGCGUUACUGUUAUAUUCAACUUGUAUCGGGCAUCUCAGGUGCUAUUCCCUGGCGAGAAGAUCCUUGAGAAUGCUAAGAAAUUUUCAGAAAAAAUUUUACGAGAAAAACAUGCCGCUAAUGAGCUCCUAGAUAAGUGGCUUAUAGCUAAGGACUUGCCUGGUGAGGUGAGCUUUGCAUUGGAGGUUCCAUUGUACGCAAGGUUCCCUAGAGUUGAGACAAGACUGUACAUAGAGCAAUAUGGCGGCGAAGAUGACAUUUGGAUAGGCAAAGUCUUGUACAGGAUGCUGAAUGUAAACACUAAAAUUUAUCUUGAGCUUGCCAAGUUAGACUACAACAAUUGCCAAGCUUUACAUCAAACUGAAUGGAACAGUAUGCAAAGGUGGUACUCAGAAUGUACGCUUGAAAAUUUCGGAAUGAGCAGAAGGGCCCUUCUAUUAGCGUAUUUUCUAGCAUCCGCCAGUAUAUAUGAGCCAGAGAAAUGGUUAGAGCGAAUUGCUUGGGCUAAGACUUCAGUCUUGGUGGAGACAAUCACUUCUCAUUUUCACAAAACAAAACAUUCCAGAGAGCAGAGGAAAGCCUUCGUUGAUGAAUUUAGAAACUGUACUAAUAGAAGCAAUUAUAAAAAUGGAAGAGCUAUCAACAACUUAUUCCAGCUGAGGUUGGGAUCAGACAAAAUAGAGCAGGGAUUAAGUCAGAUCUUGCUCGGGACGCUGAACCACCUUUCAUCGAACGCACUUGCGGCUCAAGGUCGAGACAUGAGCCACCAUAUACAUCAGGCUUGGGGAAAAUGGCUGAUGAAGUGGCAAGAGGAAGGAGAUAGGCAUGAAGGAGAAGCAGAGUUACUUGUAUACACAAUAAAUCUAUUUGCUGGGCAUUGGUUCUCAGAUGAGCUGUUGCAUCAUCCUCUGUAUAAGCGACUCUCAGACCUUACCAACAGAAUUUGCAGCAAACUUGGUAAUUACCAGAAGCAAAAGGUACAUGACAAUGGUAGCAAUAACGCUAAUAGUGAUAGCAUCACAACCUUCCAAGUAGAGUCUGAGAUGCAAGAACUUGUGCAGUUAGUUCUUCAAAAUUCUUCAAACGACAUUGACUUUAAUGUUAAGCAGACAUUUCUAACAGUGGCAAAGAGUUUUUACUACACUGCUUACUGUGAUACUCAGACUGUCAACUUUCACAUAGUCAAAGUGCUUUUUCAGAGAGUAACCUGAAUCUGCAUAAUAUUAUUGUCUGUGAAAGAAAUAAAGAAAAAAGAAUUUAAAAUC